UCUGCGAUGUGAUUGGUCCGCGGGGCAGAGGCCACGCCCACCCGGCGAUGAGUCACGGCCGAGGCGAGCGGGGAUUGGCGGGCGCGCCUUGACGCGAAGCUCCAUUCACAAAUUCGGUGAAACAAAGGAGUGGGCGAGCCGGGCCCGUGAGCGAGGGGCCAAUGGGCGACCGGCCCCGGGCCCACGGCGGCCUCGGAGCGCGCACGGGGCGGCUCCGCGUGGGCCGGGGCCGCCGGCGCUGAGAGGCGGCUCCGGACGGGACCCGGACCCGGACCCGACCCGACCCGAGCGGGGUUCUGUCCCGGGGCUCCGUCCCGGCCGGGGGCUGGCGGGCUCGCUCCCUCCUCGAAUUCCAAGUUUCGGCAGCUGCGACGCGGUCGCCGCCUCUCCCGGACAGCGGCAGCGCCGGGGAGCGGAGGCGAUCGCGGUUCCGCCGCUGCUGCGGAUCUCGGCCCCCGGCGGCCCCCGGAGCUCCCCUCCCCUCCCCCGGUACCCCCCAGAUGCCCGGGGAGAGCGGGGAGCGCCGAGGAGGAUGAAGGGGUACCUGGACCAGCAGGUGCCGUUCACUUUCCCGCAGCAGCCCCCGGGCCGGGCCGGGCCCGCUGGCGGAGCCGUGCUGGGCGCUGCGGAGCCUCCCGGGGAGCCGGGCGUGCCGCCGGGACAGGACUCGGAAGAGCUCUUCCACGACCUGAGGCAGCUCCAGGAGACCUGGCUCUCGGAAGGUAGGAGGCUCCUGCCCCCAGCUCCGCUUCGCUUUUGCUCGAGUUGUUUUUCAGCUCAGGUUCCAGACAAUGAUGAGCAAUUUGUGCCUGACUUCCAUUCAGAAAACUUAGCCUUUCACAGUCCUCCUGCUAAGGUUAAAGAGGAGCCCCAGAGCCCCUCGGAGCCCUGCAGCCACGAGCAGCCGUUCCAGCACAACAGUGAGCAGUGCCUUUAUGCCAGUGCCUAUGACCGACCCAGAGAGUCCCCCAGCCCCGGAGUCCUGAUUCAGCCACCGCUCCAGCAGUUCCCCAGACAGCACAGGAGCUUCCUGACCCCUGCAGGGCCACCCCACUCCACAUCCAGCUGUGGAUACCUCAGUGAAAACAGCUCUGCGUAUCAGCCACCUGUGGAGAUGUGCCAUUCCUUCCCACCCUCCCAGGGCAUGGCCCAGCAAGACCCCAUUGCCUACCAGUGCCAGCUGCCCAAACCCUGCCUCCAGUACCCCCAGCAGGGCUUCAAACAGGAGCAGCAGGAGCCACAGCACGAGCAGGAGAAGCAGGCAGGCAGCAGGCAGCAGUUCCCAGCUGUGGUGGUCAAGCAGGAGCAGGUGGAUUAUGUGUACGACUCAGAUGUUCCUGACUGUUCUUCCAUGUACAUAAACACUGAGAGUUACCCAAGCCAUUCAAAUACAGAAGAUACAUUAGGCUGCAGCUAUGACAAGCAGAUGAGGUCCUUUACUGAUGAUGUCUGUGUUGUUCCAGAAAAAUUUGAAGCAGGAGACAUCAAGCAGGAAGGUGGAGGGUACCGGGAAGGACCCCCCUACCAGAGACGGGGAUCGCUGCAGCUCUGGCAGUUCCUGGUGGCUCUGUUGGACAAUCCCACCAAUUCCCACUUCAUUGCCUGGACUGGCAGAGGAAUGGAGUUCAAGCUGAUUGAACCAGAGGAGGUGGCCAGGCUGUGGGGGAUCCAGAAGAACCGUCCUGCCAUGAACUAUGACAAGCUGAGCCGAUCGCUGCGCUACUAUUAUGAGAAAGGAAUCAUGCAGAAGGUGGCUGGGGAGCGCUACGUGUACAAGUUUGUGUGUGAGCCUGAAGCUUUGUUCUCCAUGGCCUUCCCCGAGCAGCAGCGGCCGGCGCUGAAGGCAGAGUUUGACCGGCAGGUCAGCGACGACGACACGGUGCCUCUCUCUCACCUGGAUGAGAAUGGCUCCUACCUGCCAGAGCUUGGGAGCUUCCCUCCAGAGCUCUACAGCAAAGGCUACACGUACUAGCACUGCUGGGAGCACUGUGCUGUGGCUGUGGAUGGAAGGAGGUGGCUGGUUAGUGUUCAACUGGUGUCAGCAUUUGUUCAGGCCAGCACCCAGCUCUGGAUCCCUGCUUUGGGCAGGACAAGAGCUCAGGUACACAAGUGGGUGAUCACCUCACAGCAGACAGGGCUCUUGUGUGCUUGUGGUAAAACUCUCUCUAUGUCAGGAUGGGGCACGUUCUCAGCUGUGCAGAUUUCCCAGCAGCAGAGCUACAGCUCCAGCAGCAGAUCAGGUAAUUGGUGCCUCAGAUGUAUCAAACACCUUCACAAUCCCCCUCACUGCAGAGGGACAGGAUGCUUCCCCACCAGGUUUGGUUUCUUUUUUCAUGUAUGAGAAUGCUACAAUGCUGCUGCUGACUCCAUUCCUCCAGUACCUGUCCUGAACCUCUGCAUGACCUCCUGCUUUCAUCUCUGACCAGAGGAACUCCCUCUGAAAGGCCAGUUCAGCCUUCUUCCCAGCCUGGCUGCAGGACAAUGGUCACAGACCUUGGGCCUUCCUUGAGGAGUUCUCAUUGUCUUGUAGGGUUCACACUCCUGUUUUUCACCUCCUUGCUCAUGCCAGGAGUUUCUGGUACUCAGGCACUCUGAGCAGGGUGGGUGGAGGAUGGCCAGGAUCAGAACAUGCCCCAAAGCCAUUUGGGGAACAGAGGAGUGUGAUUGCACUGGUCUGGGGCACAGAUCAAAGCCAAUGCCUCCAUCAGGUAGAGGGACUGUGGGAAGCAGCAAGGCCUGAGACACCAGUUCAGUGUAGUGGUGUGGCUUUUCCAAACUUUAAAACUCCUUCAACAAACAUUCUCAGGAUAUUUGAAGAGCUGCCAGGCUCUGGCAGCUCCUGGUGGAACACUUUGCUGCUGCUCUCCCAGGUAAGGAGGCAUUACCUUUUUCCAGGGUUAUGAUGAUGAUGUAAAUGGAGAGCAGUAGCACCUGAAUGCUUCUGCAGAGUCUCAAAAAUGUUGUUUCAGAUGUCUCGAGUCUCCCUGGCUUUUUCACAUCAUGAUGGGACAUUCUCACAGUUCAAAAAAUAAAAGUGUGCCUAUCCUGGCCUUGGCUAGAGAAUUGUCUGAGGCGAGAGAAGAACCUGGUGGAGGUGUGAUUAAAAAAUGCUAUACAAAGUAACCUAAACCAUACAUAGACCUUAAUAUAGGAAUUCAGACUUAAACACAAAUAUUUGCAUGUUUGAGGGGAAUUUGGAUGUGAGGAAAAGGCAGCUCUCUCUGCAGUCCAAUGCAGCACAUGCAAUUUAACUAAACUGGCAGGUUUUCCACCACAGUAAACAGUUCUAAUGGGCACCACAUCCUGAUUAAGAUGUGUUUAAUUUUUUAAUUAGCAGCUCCACCACGUUCCCAGUUAGACAAGGAGCAGUACAGUGUAUUCAUACAGAAAAAAGUCUGUUUCCACUGCUUCAGAUUGAUGUUUCAGCUGCUGAAUACAGAGCAUUGUCAAUCCUGCCAGCAUGGUAGCCUGUAGAAAAAAUUCUGUAUAUUGACUGAAAGCCUGAUAUUCCCUGAUGACUCUCCCCUGCAUGGCUAAUGCCAACCCAUGAAAGGCAGCAUUCCCUGCCUGAGGAGAGGCCAGGUCCUCAGAGCAGUCUGCUCUGCUGCUGCCUUUGCAGGCCCUGUGCAGAGUCUUGCUGUUCUGACAGUUCCUGACCCUCCUGCCUUGCCCUGCACCUCCCUGGUCAGCACGGUUCCUGUGCUGUCCCAGAAAUGAGGGUGGAGGGGAACCCUUCCUUUGGUAUAACUGCCUUUACUAUUUAUGAGUGUAAAAAUACUACAACUAAUAAAUUGGUCUUUGGCCAGCACAACUUCA